AUGGUCUCAGCCGUACAGCGGUUCAUCUCCGCUUGGCAGUUCGUCAUGAAGCGAAGCCUAGCUCACUGGAAACUGCUGUUUUCAGUCGUCUUGGGCGUUCUGCUGGCGUCGUCGAUCAUGUCGGGAACGGUGAUCUACUUCGACGCUCUGCGGGAGAUCGCGCUUCGCAGCGCCCUCUCACAGUACUCCGAAGCCGAGAUGCAUAUCAUCAUGCAAGGGCAGCGGGGCCCGGUCAACCGUGAAGAGGCCCUGCGUGUUUCGCGUGUCGUUGAUGAAGCCGUCGCGCAGAGGCUGGACUGGCUCAUUGACGGCAGGAUCCACGCGGCAAAGACCCCAACGAUGUUCCUGACGGCUACGGGACAGGAAGCGGUCGCCGGAGACGACAACGCGCGCGCUUACUUCGCCUACAUCCCUGAUAUCGAAGAGCAGAUUAUCAUCCGCGGGGGAACUUUCCCGAGCGUGAAUCCUGUUAACGCGCCGGGGAGACCGUUCGCUAUCGAGGCAAUGAUCCCGGUUGAGGCGGCGGAGUUGUUCGGCAUACGUAUCGGCGACCGGGUGUCGGCCGUUCUGCCGUGGUCGGACGACCUCGCCCACGUGGAAGUCGUUAUCAGCGGCAUCUUCCAGCGGGAAAGGCCCGAGGCGGAAGUCUGGCAGCUCGAAGAGGCGGUGCUGGGGGCGGCUACCGGCGCCAGCUUCAGGACGAUGCCGUUCCACAUUUCGCAGGAAGCGUUCCUCGAGACGCUGGGACCGCGCCUGCGGAGGAUGGAGGCGACCUACGCCUGGCUCCUGAUGACCGAUACGGACCGUGUCAACGCCAGGAACAGCACCGAUACGCUCAGGGACAUCCGAGGAACGAACUCGAUACUGAGUUCGACGCUGUCGAGCUUCCGGCAGACUACCACGCUGGACAAUGCUCUCGAUGAGUACGACCGCCGACUGUUCUUCAGCAAGCUGCCGAUGUUCGUCGUGCUGGUACUUAUCGCAAUCGUGAUCCUGUACUACGUCGCGACGCUGUCGUCUCUGGUCGUCGAAGACCGGCGGAGCGAGGUGGCGCUGCUGCGGAGCCGUGGGGCCACCUCGACGCAGAUCCUCAUGGUGUUCGUCAUGGAGGGGCUGACGAUAGCGGCCUUGUCGGUCGUCGUCGGGCCUCUUCUCGCGGCCGCGUCGGUGAGCGUGCUGGGCCUGACGCCGGCGUUUUCGGACUUGGGGGCGGGCGGGAUUUUGACCGUGAGCCUGUCCAGCGGGGCGUAUAUGAUGGCGGCUCUGGGCGGCGUGCUGAGCUUCGUUGCCCUCAUCUUCCCGGCAUUCCGCGCCUCCCAGAUGAACGUGACCCAGGAGCGCCAACGAGCUUCCAGGCCGACGGACCUCCCAUUCUUUCAAAGGUACUACCUCGACGUUCUGCUGCUGAUCGUCGGCAUCCUUCUGUUCAGGCAGCUGAGCCAACAAGGCUCGGUCGUGGCGAGGAACCUGUUCGGUGAAAUUGCGGUAAACCAGAUGCUGCUGGCGGUGCCGGGCAUCAUAUUGGUCGCGUCGGCAAUGGUUCUGCUGCGCCUGUUUCCCGUGGUCAUGAACGUGCUUAGUCGCUUGCUUUCCUCGUGGCUGCCUGCCGGAAUGGUGAUGGGCGUCUGGCAGAUGGCGCGCAACCCCGCUCACUACGCGCGGCUUUCCCUACUGCUGAUUCUAACGGCCGGACUGGGGAUAUUCGCGGCCAGCUUCAGCGCGACGCUCGACCGCAGCUUCAUCGAGAGGGUGCUGUUCUUUACGGGGAGCGACGUGCGACUCAACGGAAACGUUCCCGUCUCAUCUUUUCGCCGUGAUCUGUCUCCUGACGAUCAGUUUAAGUCCACAGGCAUCCUGCGGGAGCGAUAUGAGCAGAUGCCGGGAAUAGACAACGUCAGCCCCGUUCGAAGAAGCUCAGGACACGACCUGUCCAAGCUCUUCGGCGGCACCUACGACAUGCUGGCAGUGGAACCGGAAAGCUUUCUCAACGUCGCGUGGUUCCGCGAGGACUUCGCGGGGCGACCCAUGAGCGAGCUGUUUUCGUCGCUGGCCCUCGAGGGGGGCCCGGAGGGCAUUCCCAUACCGGCAGGUUCGACGCAUCUAGGCUUGAGGGUAAAGCCCGAUCGAAUUCACCCGUCGAUUCUCAUGACGGCACGGGUGCUGGACGCUCGUGGCAGGUACUACACCUACCGACUGGCCCCCUUGAACUUCGCCAAUUGGGAAGUGCUGAGCGUUGAUCUUACCGCCAUUGGCGGAAGAGGACAGCCAUCCACCGCGCCCACGGAGCCGCUAACCCUGGCCUCGAUUUCGAUUCAAGAGCGCAGAGGAGACCGGCGACUCCAGCCGGGCUCGGUUCUAAUCGACGAAAUCAGGGUAACGAACGAGGGUGGCACGACAACCGUCGUCGAGUCUUUCGCAUCCGUGGAAGACUGGAGCCUGCUGCGAACCAGCGAGACGGCGAUCGCGGACGUGCUGCGUCCGUCAGACGUGGGAUUCGAGGACGAGUCGGGUUCCGCGCUCUUCUCGUGGGCCGAGGGCUCAGCGGUGUCGGCGCGAGGCAUUUUUCACGGCGAGUUGACGUCGCUGCCGGUGCUCGCCAGCAAGGGGUUCAACAAGAACACCGGACACAAGGUGGGUGAUGAGUUCGACGUGUCGGUAUCAGGGCAUCGGGUCCCGAUACGGAUCAUCGACGAGGUAGAGUUCUUCCCUACAAUGAACCUGAGAGAGAAGAGCUUCCUCGUUUCCGACAUGAACUCGCUCGUGAAGUACGCCAGCAUGGGCUCGCUAUCCGGCGAGGUGCUGCCGAACGAGUUGUGGAUAUCGUCGGCUUCCACUGGGACAGAGCGUGAAGCCCUGAUCGAGCGGUUGAACCUCAGCGGGGGAUUCUUGAUCGACUCGUUCCAGGACAGGGACUCCCUCCUGGCAGAAUCGAAGGUAGACCCGCUCGUGAAGGCCGGAUGGCGGUCGCUGCUGUUCAUCGCGUUCUCGUCGGUGCUGGUAUUGAGCUGUUUAGGAUUCCUCGUACACGCCUACAUCUCGUACAGGAACCGCCAGCUCCAGUUCGCCUUGCUGAGGACCGUGGGGUUCUCGAUGCGGCAGCUCGUCACGAUGGUCUGGCUGGAGCAGAUGCUGGUUAUCCUCGUGGGACUCGCACUCGGAACGUGGAUGGGCAGCAGACUGGGCGCGGUGAUAAUGCCGUUCCUCGGGCACGACGACUUCGGCUCUCAGGUCAUGCCGCCGUUCGCAAUACAGAUCAACUGGAACGUGUUGAUCCUGACCUACGUGAUUAUGUUCCUCGUGUUCGCCGUGAUAAUCUUGGGGAUGAUAUGGCUGGUGAACCGCAUAUCGCUUCAGCGCGUCUUGCGGUUGGGCGAAAUUGGAUAG